CAAAUAUAUUCUCUCUUUUUUUUUAUGAAAGCAAAUGUAUUCUUUGUUGCACCUCCAGCCUAUAAAUCCUCCCUUAGGACUCUUCCUUCUCCACACACCCUCUCUCUCUCUGACCGAUGAGUGCUUCGAAUUUUCCCGGAAAAUGGGUGUCGGCGAUCAACGCCGCGCCAACUCGGGCCGUCUUCAUGUUCUUCGACGUUCUCGAUGAGCUUCUCUGCGUCAGUUUCAGAUUACUCGACGAGUGCUUGGAGGGAAAAUCCAACUCGUGUUACUGCUCAAAACCUGUAGAGAACAAAUACGAGGAUCCCGAGUUCUUGUCCGAAACCCUCUUCCGCAGGAGAAACUUUCUCAGGGAGACCAAUCUCCUCCGUUUCGCGAGGAAGCCAGAGCUCUCCAAGAAAAUGGGUCUUGUUCGUUUCCUGAGAAAGUUUCUUUUCCCCGAGAAAAUGAAGAGACGCGGCAGUGAGCCGGCGAACCGGUGGUCGGAUUGUGGAUGCAAGAACUGCGUCUCCUGGACCAAAUCCGAUAAGCUCAAUGUCGUGGUUAAGCAGCCAUCAUUACAAGAUUUCUUGAUGAACAACAAACCGACGGAGAACGUAAUCCUCAUACAUGGAUUCAUGGGGUCUUCAUCGUUUUGGACGAACACAGUGUUGAAAAACCUCUCAGAACAUGCAACAAGCAACUACAAAUUCUUCGCGGUUGAUCUUCUCGGAUUCGGUGAUAGCCCGAAACCCAGAAACAAUCUUUACACGUUGAAAGAUCACGUCGAAAUGAUCGAGAAAUCGGUGAUUUUACCAUACGGAUUGAACUCAUUCCAUGUCGUUGCCCACUCCAUGGGAUGUAUCAUCGGUGUUGCCUUAGCUUCAAAGUACUCCACCAUUGUCAAAUCCGUUGCUCUGGUGGCUCCGCCAUACUUUGCCAAUUCAGAAGGCGAAGGAGCAAGUUUAGGUGUUCUUGAUGUCAUCGCUGAGAAGAAACUAUGGCCUCCUCCUGCAUUUUUCACGGCCGUGAUGUCUCGGUACGAGCAUGUCGGCCGCUGCAUCUGCUUCAUUAUCUGUCGUCACCACCGAAUAUGGGAGAGAAUCAUCAAGAUCAUAACGUGGAAAAGAAGCAUAUCGCCGAUGAUAAGGGACAUGACGAAGCAUACCCAUCACUCGGCGUGGCACAGUGUGCACAACGUGAUCUGUGGAGGGGCGAAAUUCACGGAUAGAAAUCUCGGCGUUCUUGCGGAUUCCGAAGUCAGGAUCCACGUGGUGCAAGGGGAUCUCGACGAGGUCGUUCCUCUCGACUGCAUUCGGAACAUGAAGACAAAGUUUCCGACAGUAGAAGUUGAGAUUGUCGCCGGUACCGAUCACCGUACAGUCAUAACCGGUAGGAGAAAGGCCUUCACUGCAAAACUGGAAAGUUUAUGGGAUUCUAUUGAAAAGAAUCAAAAUGGCAGUUUGGCACAAGGAAACUUCAUAACGAGUUCCUGAUGCUUCUAUUAGACAAUAACAGUGUAAUCACAACACGGUAAUGUAUAUCUCAAGUAGUUCUAUCUAAGAUGUAACAAGUAUGGAUUCGUGGAACGUAAGUAGUUCUAUCAUUUUGAGCAAUAUACGAUACGAAUCAGAUAUCCUAGGAACUGAUGACUAUGAAGACAAACAUUUCAUAUAAGAAAUGGGCAGAUCAAAAGGCUUUUGAUCAUUGGCCAAGAGAAUGUUUACC